AGGACCUGAGGGAAGCCAGCUGGGGAGGGGCCCUUUGUAAGGAAGGAAUAUUAUUAUUAUCUCCACAGCCGGCUCUGGAAUAAACACGCUUUGUGCAGCGUCUUUCCGUGCAGCAGCACACCCCGGCUCGGCUCGGCUCGGAUCGGGACACAUCCAGUUUCUAUCGGGAAAAGGGGUGGAUGUGUGUUCUAGUUUCUUGCACUGAUUUUUUUCUUUUCCCCAAUCAGCACUGAUUUAUUUGCGCUGACCAGUUGGCUUUGAAAACCGGGUCCGGUGCCUCCCCCCUCCUCUCCUCUCCUUUCUUUCUCCCCUGAUCACUCCUUCUUUACCCUCCUUCCUUUGCCUUUUGUCUGAUCCCGUAACGCUGCAAAGUCGCAAAGAUGCCCAGCUCGCUUUUCGCCGACAGUGGCGUCCAGGGAGACGCACUGGACGACCAGAGAGCCCUGCAGAUCGCCCUGGACCAGCUCUCCUUGCUCGGCUUGGACAACGACGAGAAUCCGCUGUACGACAACAACCAGGAGCCCCGGAAAAAGAGCGUCAACAUGACCGAAUGCGUCCCGGUUCCCAGCUCGGAGCAUGUGGCUGAGAUCGUGGGCAGACAAGGGUGCAAGAUCAAAGCGCUGCGAGCCAAGACCAACACCUACAUCAAGACCCCGGUUCGUGGCGAGGAGCCUGUUUUUGUGGUGACAGGCAGGAGGGAGGAUGUGGCCAUGGCCAGGAGGGAGAUCAUCUCUGCAGCCGAGCACUUCUCCAUGAUCCGAGCCUCCAGGAACAAAAACACCAGCCUGAACGGGAGCGGCACCCCUGUCCCCGGACCUCCUAACCUGCCCGGACAGACCACAAUCCAGGUGCGGGUGCCUUACCGCGUGGUAGGGCUUGUCGUUGGCCCCAAGGGAGCCACCAUCAAGCGCAUCCAGCAGCAGACCCAUACCUACAUCGUGACGCCCAGCCGGGACAAGGAGCCGGUGUUCGAGGUGACAGGCAUGCCGGAGAACGUGGACCGCGCCCGCGAAGAAAUCGAAGCACACAUCGCCAUGAGGACAGGGGGCCUCAUCGAACUCCAGGACGAGAACGACUUCCACGCCAACGGGACCGACGUGGGUUUUGAUCUGCACGGACACGCCACCCUGUGGUCCAAGCCCAGCGCCGGAAUGACUCCCACGUCAGGCCGCAAGCCCUUCUCCAACUACCGCAAUGACUCGUCCUCUUCCCUGGGCAGCGCCUCCACAGACUCCUACUUUGGCAACAACGGCUCGCGCAUGGCCGACUACAGCCCUCCCAGCCCGGCACUCAGUUACACCGCCACCAACAACAACGGCAACAACAAUAACAACAACGUCAACAUCAACGUCAACACCAACGGCAACGGGUUUGUUUACGGAAGUGAGGUGAUCUCGCCUGACUGCACUGACCUGACAUUUGACUCGUCGCCUGGGUUUGACCCCACGCCGGCCCCGCCCGGACUCUUGUGGUCCCAGUACGAAAGCCGCAUGACCCCCUCCUCCACCGCAGGCAGCUCACCCACCUCCACCUCAGCCAUGUUCCCCACCAAUGCCUCCACUAAUGCCAAUGGGAUGGUGGUGAGCCAGAGAAGGGCUAACGGCAGCACUCCUCAGCCCAGACUGUCCCCUCCCCUCCACGGCCACACCCCCGGCCCCGCUGAGCACCCGCUGGCCCGGAGGGUGCGCAGUGACCCGGGGGGAGGCCCGCUCAGUUUCCCGGGCUAUUCCAGCGCCAUAGCCUCCCUGCCGGGCCCCCACCUCCCCGGGGUUCCAUGUGACUCUUCAGCCUCCUCGUCCUCCUCGUCCUCCUCCUCCACCUCAUCUGGCACCAGCCGAAAGGGCAGCCGUGACUGCUCGGUGUGUUUCGAAAGUGAGGUCAUUGCGGCGCUGGUCCCCUGCGGGCACAACCUGUUCUGUAUGGAAUGUGCCAAUCGCAUCUGUGAGAGGAGCGAGCCCAAAUGCCCCGUCUGCCACACCGGCGUCACUCAGGCUAUACGUAUAUUUUCAUAAGAAGAAGUAUUCUCUCUUUGACUGUCUGGUCUUCGAGGCUGGCUAUAAUAGCAACAACAGACUCUUCAUACUGCUUUAACGGGGGUCACCCAAUCAUCACCUAUUUGGGAAAUGUACAUAAAUAUACAUAUGUAUGUAAGAGGCUGCAGUAUCCAAAAGAAGGGACAGACUCCCCUCCGGGGCUCCGUCGCAGUUGUUUAUAAUGUACUGUAGCUUGGGGAAAUAUUUUCAACAUCUAAGUGCAUGUUUUAAAUAUUACAGCAUAGUAAUCAAUAGUUCUAGUAAAUUGUACCCUAUAUUUAUGAAGUGACAAGACGCAGUGGGGUCAGGACUGAGGUACCUGGGUCAAACCUGUAGACUGUUAGCAGGGCAAGCCUUCCAGUUUCACUGAUCGAAUGUACAGGUAGGAGAGGCCAUGGCUGGGAAACAUGGAGGGCUUCCAGCAAAACAGGACUAUUGACUUACAGAGGCGAUGAUACUGCAGCUCCAGUUAAGAAACCACAUGAGGGAGAGCAACAACAUAUCCUACAUAUAUAUGUAUAGAAUAAAAAUUCCACAAGUUUGAAAGUUUUAAAUUACAUUAAUACAGAUUGAAGUAUUUUAUUCUUUUUUGACUUGAAAGAUUAUAUUUCUUAUUGCAAAGAUGUUUACAAAUAUUUUAAUUUAAGUUCAGUGAACUUUUUGUAGCUGGGUUAAAAUAUCGUUUAUUUUUUAGUAUGGCCUUAUGGCAUUGAUCACUGUAUUAUUUUAAUAUCACACGACUGUGGGCGGAAAUACAAAUCCACAAAAUGUGUAUUGCAUUUGACAGUAUUCUGUUGGGAUGGAGUUUUUAUAGGUUCAGCAAAAAAUGUCUUUUAAAUCCGCUUCACCCAGCAUAUUUUUUAUUCAGUAAUAUAAAGCAUAUUUUAUUCUAUAUUAUUAUGAAACGUUGAAAUGUAUAAAACUUAGUAAGUCAAACAAAAAAGAAACCGUUUAUGCUUUCUAAAAUUUGUAUGAAUUAGAUUCCAGUGGGAAUUACAGGCUUCUGUUGCACCACUAUAGUUUUAGUAUUUCUAUUUUAAUACAUUUGUUUACCACUUGUUUAUGUAUAUGUAGGUGAAGUUACUUGAGCGUAAAUGUACUUUAUUGAGCAAAGUUUAAGAACAAAGUAUAUUUUAUUUUAUGAUAAAGGGCCUUUAACCUCAUGGUCAAAUACUAAUAUUAUAUUUGCUGAGACAAGAUUUGAAAAUGUAUCAAGAGUUUUAUUUUUCUGACAUUUAAAGUUCUACAUGAUAAAAAGUAAAACUUAAGUAAUGGUGCUACUUCAUGUUUUUUUAAGUAUUUCUAUAUAAGUCCAAUAAAAAAAAAAAUGGUACAUUCA